CUGCAUUUUCAAAAAUUAACUCCGCGGACAACGAAAUCCAUUUUUUUUUUUUUAUCUUGCCAUUUUAUUUCUGGCUAGCUAGUAACGUUAGCUAUGGCGAAGAGAUUCCUAUUAUCGCCAAGCCAAAGCAAAAACCUAAAGUUUGGUGAAGCUUCUUUUGAUAUUUUAUCAGACUUUCUCAUAAAUCUCAAUACCAGAAACAAAGAUAAACUGAGCAAUUUAUCACGUUACUGUGGGGAUUUUAAAGACAAAAGAUUGACAGAAUGCGUUUUCCUUGUCACGGAAGAGUUAAGACUUGACCCCUUGGUUGGAUAUCAUGCUGUUGAACUACUUGAAAGGUUUAUGAUAAAGCACCUGGAGGAUCUGUUUUCAACACCACACACACCUGCAGGGGCAGCAGGUGUCCAUAAAAGAAAUUACGAGGACCUUGUUUAUGAGAACCUGAGUGAGAAGUUCCAUCUCAUUCUCCUCUCUUGUGUGCAAAUAGCAAGCAAACUGUCUUUGCACAGUGCUGUGGUUGACAACAACACAGCAGCGCAGUUUCUUCACUCGAUGGGCCACAGCAUUUCCAAACAAACUAUCAUGGACAUGGAGCUGAUGAUCUUGAAAGCACUUGACUUCAGGAUAAACACCCCCAACCCUCUGACUUAUGUUGAGAUACUCCUGGAGGUGCUUGGGCACAAUGACUCUUCUAUCCCUGUGGAGCACCUGCAUCACCUCAGCAGACACGUUCUCCAGUUCACCUACCUCCAGAGGACAGCCAUCUAUGACUCCCUGCUCAAGGCCACCACCCAGUGCCUGAGCCCAUCUGACGAACAGAGAAAGACUUUUGUGUCGGUGACUGAAGACUGCAUGCUUCUUGGUGUUGGUGUCAUUGCUGUGGGUGCAUACAUCCUCAAUGUCACUAACUGGGAACAGGUAGUGGAGGAGCUGAGUCACAUCACAGGGAUCUCAGUGAAGAGCAUCAGUGAUUUCACACAUGUUACACUGAUGCACAUUACCAAGAACAACUCUCCCAUGGUCACAGCAACUUGAGUCGAGUCCCAACAACACAUUCAUCGAUUGAAAGAUUUUAUUUACGCUAAUUUGUUUUACGUUGGUCUGAAACUUGACAAUGAAGUAAGUUUCUUCAGCUACAGGAAGUUAUGAAAGAAAGAAAGCCAUUGAGACAUAGACAGUAUAGUACUGUACAGUAAAACAGUACAGUAAAACUACAGUGUCUGUGUAUGUAAAAAGAUUGAAAGGUACACACCAAACAUCUGAUAUAAAAACUAGCUCCCUGAGUUUGACUUUCUAGUUGAUUUCCUUAAUAAUUGAACUUCUAUUUUCUGGAUGUUUAUCUCUGUUUACUGUUCCAACAAUUAGCAGCAUUAAAGAGCCUUCUUCCAUCUA